AUGCAGGUCUUACAAAAAGCGGUUGUUGGGACGCAAUUGAUAGAGUAUGAAAAUAUAAUUAGAUCACAAAAUAAGAUAAAGACGGUUACUUCACAGUCAGAAAUUAUCAUACGAAACCAAGAAAAUGAAAAUCCGAUUGCGGAGUUUGAAAACACAAAUACAUCACAAACAAAUCAAAAUAAUAUAGAAAUAAUUACUUCUCAACACCAAAACAAGGACAGUCCUGACAGCUGUUUUAAUAAAAAGGAACUAACAUUAGAUACAACCAAAAAUCUCAACAGAGGCAACAAAGAUCUCAUAUUCAUAAAAGAAGCGCGUGAAAACAAAAAGACCGAAGUGAAUAAUAAUGAAAAUGUUAAACCAGAGAACCAAUUGAAUUCCAAAAAAUCGACAAAGUUUGUGAAACGAAUUCAAGUGCAAGUAUCUACUCAAUCCAGCUCAUUCUCGGACAGUGACGAAAAUAUUGAAGCUAACAGAGAUGAUAAUUUAGAGAAACCUAAAAUAUUUCAAAAAACACGACCUACCAAAGUUUCCACAAUAACUGAAAGUGAGAAAAAAGGCAAAAUUAAGAAAGGGAAGAAUAAUACAGAUGAAAGUGACGAUGAGAUAAAAGCUAACUCUGAAAAAAAAGAAUAA